AUGGGCCCUGAUGACAUAGCAAACAAAACUUUGAUGGCCCAUGGGGCUAUGAGAAACGAUCUUGGCUGCUGGCCUGAAACUCUUACGUCAACAGAUUUCGAGGAAAGUAAGGUGCAAUUUCAUGGUUGUCGAGUUCAGUCAUCGUCGCAAAUCCAAGGCUCGUUCAUACGAAGCGUUGGCGAGAUAUCCAUACCUCAUACUCAUGGCCAGCAGACACAAAACGCUGCGCAUUCCGGCAACCAAGAGUUAACAGUCGGAGAAAAGGUCGAGACUAAUAAUGUCAUAUUUGGUAUAGCUCAUCCAAUCCCCCGGCUGCCUAUCUCAUAUAUGAACAGCAGUUUCUCAUCCCCUUCCGGGCCUGGGCCUGAAUCCGUGGCAAUAUCACCCUUCAGCACGCCUGAUAAGUCACACGAACCUUUGUUCAUUGACAACAAAGCUCCAACCCAAGAAUGGACAACUAGCGGAGUCGAUUCAUCUGAGCUUUUCCUAACGUCAUCGGGAAAUAGAUCUGUACCUAUUGUCAACUACUUCACUCCAGUUAGCGGACCUUCUACGCCGCCUCCUUGGUCCACUUCCGGAGUUCGAACAGCCUGGAAUGUGCAACAACAUAGCACUAGUCGUGGGGAUGCCUUCUGGGUCGACAUUCCAUGUGGGCUGAGCAUGAAUGGGCUUGGUGGCCACGUUGAAGAGGACUUCGAUCAUGCUCCCACUGUCAACGGCGACCUUCAUAGUUCGCCACUGCAGGAAAACGCCUGUCAAUAUUAUGCGCAGCCAAAUACGGCCCGCUGCCAAAGCAAAGUCGGGCACGUUAGCAUCUCCCUUGUCAACGAACGACCCUCAGAGAGCCCAACGCAGCCCUACCAUGAUAGCCCUUGUAUACACCACUUGAUGCAUCCAACCGUUGCAACUAACAGAGGAUACAUUCUCCGGGGCCAGCGAGUUAGUAAGCAAACGGCCUGUCACAGCAACGGCAACGGCAGAGACGCGUUCCUGGUGGAAUGUAAGCUACGCGGGCUCUCUUACAAGGACAUCAAGAGAAUUGGUGGCUUCAAAGAAGCCGAGUCAACACUCCGGGGAAGAUUUCGGACGCUCACGAAAUCCAAAGAACAGCGAGUGAGGAAACCUCAGUGGCAAGAGAAAGAUAUAAGCCUGCUGUGCCAGGCAGUCAAGGCCUGCAUGGAAGACGACAAGCAAGUCCGUAGUGGUAACGGGCCUAGCUGCCAAUCUCCGACUACCAGUCAGCCGCCCAAGGUAUCCUGGAAGAGGGUAGCCCAAUAUAUUUGGCUUCAUGGCGGCUCAUAUCACUUUGGAAAUGCCACUUGCAAGAAGAAGUGGUGCGACAUACACGGUGUGAAGCUCUGGAAUUGA